UUUUUCACAAAUCGAAAGAGAAAUAGAUCGAGGAGAUCGAGCGAGCUGAAUUGAAGCAUGACUUGUAUGGCGCAAACGGCGAUCAAGUUUUCUAUCGGUCAAGAAGUCGAAGAAACUUUUAAUGUUGAAGAAGGCAACAAAAAGAAAGAUAGUUUAAGAGCAGCAAAACAUAAGAUGGAUCGAAUUAAAGAAGAAAAUCAAAGACUGAAGAUGAGAUUAUCUCAAGCAAUGGAAGAUUACAAUUCCUUAAAGAGGCAGUUCAACAAUGCAGAUCAAGAAAGUAAUAUUCAUCCGAAAAUGUCAACGAAUUCAUCUGCCUCGUCCGAUGGCGAUGAUGAUUCGGAGACGCUCGUUUCUCUAAGUCUCGGGAGAUCAUGUAAUAAUUCGGACAUGGAGGAGACAAAAACCAACGACAAGAAGAACAAGAUUGUAAACACUAAUUGCGACGAUAGAAGAAGAAACCCUAAUGAUGGGCUUGAACUUGGACUAGAUUGCAAAUUCCAUCCGGACAAUUCUACGGAAGAAAUAUUGUCCGAAAACAAAUCCGACGAGACGGCGAACACCGAGGUAGGCGAUGGGAGCUCAAAAAAAUCAAGAAGUGGCGAUGAUGAGAUCAUUCAAGAAAACCCUAGUCUGAAGAAACCUAGGGUUUCUGUAAGAGCUUUUUGCAACACUCAAACGAUGAACGAUGGAUGCCAAUGGAGAAAAUACGGACAAAAGAUAGCCAAGGGGAACCCUUGCCCGCGAGCUUAUUACCGUUGCACAGUUUCAUCAUCAUGUCCCGUAAGAAAACAGGUACAAAGAUGUGUAGACGACAUGUCAAUCCUCACCACAACAUAUGAAGGGACACACAACCACCCGUUGCCGCCGGCCGCCACCACCAUCGCCUCCACCACCUCCGCGGCGGCAGCUAUGCUCAAUUGCUCCUCCUCCUCCACCACCACCACGGCCUAUAACUUCACAAAUUCCCCGAGCAACCUCACAAAAACCCGAUUCCCAAACCUAACAAUCUCGACGACACAAUCCCACCCGACUGUCAUUUUAGACCUCACGGCGCCGAGCCAUUACUCGAGCAAAUUAUUCCCAUCAACCCUAUUAUUCUCCAACACACUUUCUUCCCAAACAUCCUUAAACUUUUCGACCUCUUCGAAUAAUCAUUGCCGCAAUCCUUUCUUACAAAACAUAACUGCAUCCUCGUACCCUCCUCCUCCUCAUCAUCAACCUCUUACCUUCAACAACAAUGACGUCGCCAUGGCUAAUUCUUCGAGACUACUGCAGGGUGACGACGAGAAAAGCAUAGCUGCAGCAACCAUGGCGAUUACGAACAGCCCUGGUUUUCAGACAGCACUUGCAGCAGCCAUCACUUCGUUUGUAGGAAAUAAGGUUCAAGGAAGAAAUCAUCCUGAGCCGUUGGAUUUUCAGCUCAGCUUUUCGCAGCCGUCCGAUCGGAAGCGGCAAUGGGAGCAUCGGCAGGACAAGCUUCCCAACUCAUAAUAAUAAUAAUAAUAAUAAUAAUAAUAAUCAAAAUCAGUAUAUUUCUAAGGCAUUGUAUUGUAAAUAAGGAUUGGAUAUGUUUUCUUUUUUUUUUUUUACAGAAGAAAAACAAUCUUUCUGUCAAUUGUGUAGUAGAGAGGAAGUAAGAUUAGUUAUUGUUGUUUACAUGACUUUGAUCUUUAACCAUCACUCCAUUU